AUGCUACGACGUCAAAAACGUAAGCUUGACAUUGUCAAUAUAGUUGCAGAAGAAGAUGAAUGGGCCACAUCCGUCGAUCUCAUUGACGACACCAUGGCAUCGAUCCAAUUGCUGUUAAACCGCAAUGCCAAUGGAUAUGCGUCUCUGAGCUUACCUCCUUUAAUAGUCUGGCACCAACUGUAUUCCAUUUUACCCAACCGGACCUUUGUCGACCAAAAUGUACAUCGACUCCGAACCAGAGGCCAAUUGAUAACGUUCAAGAUUCCUUCAGGGAUAGAUGACGUAGCAAUUCUACGUACAGAGGACUAUAUUGCUGAGGUGGACAAGUACGAGAAUGUAUUUCGUGAGCAGUUACGCCAACACCCACAAGAUAAUGCUAUCUCGUGCAAGUUGAAUGCCAUAAUUUCGUUCAAACAAGUACUGGCGUCAAUCACAUCGCUAUCAACUGCUCCACUGAAAGUCUUGAUAUCGACAUUGAGUAAGAGCGGGAGCUUUACGGACGACCAGGAAAUCCGAGCUGUAGUGGGGCAAAUUCAACGGCUUGGGUUUUUGCUGCCGACGACUCGGUUGGAUGACGAGGCAUAUUUCUUCUCUGUGCCAGGGAUAGGAAAACUCAUAUCUGCGAUCAAGAAGACGCGUAUGCUCAUUCUAAGCACACUGAAGCGCGCAAAGUACAAAGAGAUGCAAGAGCAGCAGUUGCAAAAAGUCAAGCUGAGGCACUCGCGUUUUCAGCUGGAGUUUCAUCUGGCCGAUAUGGACGGCUGUGGGUUGAUUCGGCGGACCAGAGUGACGUCGGGCGUCUUGGUCUCGCUGGCUGACAAGUAA